UCACCGUAUAUACUUUCUUCCAAAGUCACAGAGAGAGAGAGAGAGAGAGAGAGAGAGAGAGUAUCAACAGUUGAGAUGGAUUCUCCCCCGCCCCAGAAGUUCCCACUCCCGGUGGACUCGGAGCACAAGGCCACCGAGUUCCGCCUCUUCUCCGCCGCCAAGCCCCACAUGCGGGCCUUCCACCUCUCCUGGGUCUCCUUCUUCGCCUGCUUCGUCUCCACCUUCGCCGCCCCUCCCCUCAUUCCCAUCAUCCGCGACGACCUCAACCUCACCGCCACAGAUAUUGGCAACGCCGGCAUCGCCUCUGUCUCCGGCGCCGUCUUCGCCCGCGUCGCCAUGGGCUCCGCCUGCGACCUCUUCGGCCCCCGCCUCGCCUCCGCUUCCCUCAUUCUCCUCACCGCCCCCGCCGUCUUCUGCAUGUCCCUCGCCUCCUCUCCCGCCUCCUUCCUCGUCCUCCGUUUCCUCAUCGGCUUCUCCCUCGCCACCUUCGUCUCCACCCAGUUCUGGAUGAGCUCCAUGUUCUCCCCCAACGUCGUUGGCACCGCCAACGGCAUGGCCGGGGGAUGGGGCAACCUCGGCGGCGGCGCCACGCAGCUCAUCAUGCCCUUCGUGUUCGCCAUCAUCCGCGACCUCGGCGCCAUCAAGUUCACCGCGUGGAGGAUCGCCUUCUUCAUCCCCGCCCUGUUCCAGACCCUGUCAGCCUUCGCCGUCAUCCUCUUCGGCCAGGACAUGCCGGACGGCAACUUCAAGGAGCUCGAGAAGGAAGGGGACAAACCCGAGGACGAGUUCUCGAAGGUGCUCUACCACGGCGUCACCAACUACAGAGGGUGGAUACUGGCGUUGACCUACGGGUACUGCUUCGGGGUGGAGUUGACCACCGACAACAUCAUCGCCGAGUACUUCUACGACAGGUUCGACCUGAACCUGCACACGGCGGGGAUGGUUGCGGCGAGCUUCGGGCUGGCGAACCUGUUCUCGAGGCCGAUGGGCGGCGUGAUCUCGGACGUGGUGGGGAAGAGGUUCGGGAUGAGGGGGCGGCUGUGGACGCUGUGGGCGGUGCAGACAAUAGGAGGCGUACUGUGCGUGAUCCUGGGCCGGGUCGGGUCGUUGGGCGCCUCCAUUGCGGUCAUGAUCGGCUUCUCUAUCUUCUGCCAGGCGGCUUGCGGGCUCACUUUUGGUGUGGUUCCCUUCGUCUCCCGGAGGUCGCUGGGGUUGAUCUCGGGAAUGACCGGAGGAGGGGGCAACGUCGGAGCCGUCCUGACCCAACUCAUAUUCUUCAAGGGGUCGAGGUACUCGAAGGAGACGGGAAUAACUCUGAUGGGCGUCAUGAUCAUAUGCUGCUCCCUGCCGAUCGCCUUGAUAUACUUCCCACAGUGGGGUGGCAUGUUCUGCAGCCCGUCCGCGGGGAAUGGCCGGACCGAGGAGGACUACUACUUGUCGGAGUGGAGCGUCAAGGAGCAGGAGAGCGGCUUCCAUCAGGCGAGCGCAAAGUUCGCGGACAAUAGCCGGAGGGAGAGGGGCCGGAGAUUGGUGGCCUCCGCUGAUACAAGUCCAGAUGCCGAGAGCCAUCCUCCGGUGCGGGUCUAGAGCCUGCGUAGGUUGAAUGCGAGGUUCUCGUCCAAUGAAUGAAGUUGUUAGAGUCUGAUGACCUCCAUCUGUGUGAGCUGUGG